CAGUUUCCUGGGCGGGAGGCUGAGUCAGGCGGGGCUGAGUCAGAUGGAGCCGGGGCCGCCGGCAGAGAAGAGCGCUCCGCACCGCACCGCACCGCCCCGCACCGCCGCGCGCCAUGGCCCGGACGCUCGCCCUGCUGGCGCUGUGCGUGGCGCUGGGGCGCCGUGGAGUUUUUGGCAGCCCAUUGGAGAAACUCGCACAUGUGGUACAAUAUGAAAGGGUGACACCUCACAGAGUGCCUGCAGCUCUUGGGAAGAGAGACCUUUCUGCUCAACUCAACAUGUAUCCAGACCACGUUCAUUACAGCAUCCGUGCAGAAGGGAGGGACUAUGUUCUCCGUCUGGAAAAGAACAGGGGACUGAUUGGGGAGCACUACACUGAAACCUAUUACUCAGAAAAUGGCACCGAGGUCACUGAGAGGCCAGACACUCAGGAUCACUGCUUUUAUCACGGGCAUGUUCACGGACACAGUGAUUCAGCGGCAAGCAUCAGUACCUGCAGAGGACUCAGUGGAUUUUUCUGGGCCGAUCAAACAGUCUAUUUAAUUGAGCCGUUGGGAGGUGAUGAUAAGGGGGAGCAUGCGGUGUACCGAGCGGAUCACCUGAGAGUGAAGCGUGGGACCUGCGGAGAUGCCAAUGUCACUUUGGAAUACGACCAUGAACCGAAAGUUGCUGCCGCAAUGAAGUCCCAUCACUGGAAAUCGGCUCCAUUUCAGAAAGGGACCCGAUAUGUGGAGUUGGUCUUGGUCGUGGACAAUGCGGAGUACAAGAAAUCCAAAGACAUGCGGAUGAUUCAGAAUCGCAUGAAGGAAAUUGUUAAUCACGUUGACAAGCUUUAUCAGACUCUCAAUAUCCGUGUGGCCUUGAUAGGCCUGGAAGUCUGGAAUUACAAAGACAGGAUCACUGUGAGUCCAAACCCAGACACCACACUGGACAAUUUUCUUCACUGGCGAGAGACUGAACUGUUACAGAAGAAGAAGCAUGACAAUGCCCAACUGAUCACAGGCAUAGACUUCCAAGGCACAACGGUGGGACUGGCCAAGAAGUAUGCAAUGUGCACCAGGGACUCAGGAGGAGUAAAUCAGGACCACAGCUUGAAUCCUAUAGGAGCUGCCUCAACCGUGGCUCAUGAGAUGGGACACAACCUGGGAAUGUCUCAUGAUGAAGACGUUGUUGGCUGCAGCUGCUUGGCCCCAAAGACCGAUGGAGGAUGCGUUAUGGCAGCUAGUGUUGGCAUGAUUUACCCAAAGUACUUCAGCAGCUGCAGUGUAAGUGACCUGCAGAAGUUUCUAAGUGAUCCCCGGACUAGCUGCUUACUGAAUAUCCCCAAGGCUGAUGAGCUGUAUGGGGUGCCUGUCUGUGGAAACCAGUUUGUAGAGCGAGGGGAGCAGUGUGAUUGUGGGACGCCCAAGGAAUGCAGGGAUCCCUGCUGCAACGCCACCACCUGCCGACUAAGUGACGGAGCAGAAUGUGCUCAGGGAGAAUGCUGCCAACGGUGUAAGGUGAAGGCUGCUGGUGUGUUGUGCCGUGCCAGUAAGAACAGCUGUGAUCUGCCCGAACACUGCACUGGCUUCUCAGCAGAGUGCCCGGAGGACGUCUUCCAAGAGAAUGGUGUGCCGUGCCAGUAUGGGAAUGGCUACUGUUACAACGGGGUGUGCCCCUCGCACAGCGAGCACUGCCGCACGCUCUGGGGUGCAGAGGCCCAGGUGGCCCCUGAUAUCUGCUUUGAGUACAAUGGCCGCCAGAAGGACUACCUGCAUUGCUUGACAGAGAACGGGAAAAGGCCCUGCAGCCCAAAAGACGUUAAGUGUGGCACGCUGCAUUGCCUGAGUGGGAACAGGACCCCCAUUGGAGGGGGUGGCGUCUACUCCCUGUCUCUCGGGGGGGUGACCUGCAAAGCAGCUGUCACUGACAAGGAAGAAACUGAUGUGGUGGCGAAUCUUGCGCUGGUGCCAACAGGCACCAAGUGUGGGGAGGAAAUGGUCUGCUAUGCCGGGCGCUGCCAGGACCUCCUGAUUUACGGUGCCAAAAACUGCUCUGCAAAGUGCAAUGGUCACGGGGUCUGCAAUCACAAGCGGAAAUGCCACUGUGAGCCUGGCUGGGCCGCGCCCUACUGCGAGCGGAAGCUCUCGGAGAUUGCAUCAGGUGGAAGCAACGUGGUUGUGGCAGCCGUGCUGACAGUGGUGGUGCUGGUAGCCAUGCUGACCAUUGGAGGCUUUGUGUUCUACAAAGGCAAUGGGAAGAAAUACUUCCAGAAAGGGAGGAUUGUGACCACCACCACCACCAAAGGGCUCUCCAACCCCUUGUUUCAAGAGGGCAGCAAUACUAGGAACAUGAGGCAUGGGCUUCAGAGUUGCGACAUCAGCAGCCCAAAUCUGAUCACCACAACCUCAGACCUGAAGAGCCCCAGGUCUGUGUACGUGCCCAUGACUCCCAGCAGGCCGCCGCCCGAGCCUCCUGCAGUGGCCAGUAGUGCCUGUCUGAGCUCGCUAGCGUAUCCAGCCAAACCUGUGCAGGUUGGAGUUAAACCCAGCGUGGCACCUCCCCCUUUGGUCUCUGCAAAGCCCAAACCAGCUGCUGGCGAGAUGAAGCCGAAACCACCCACCCGGCCUCUCCCCGAGCUGAGAAGCAAACAGUGUAAGGCAGAUAAGCUGAAUGGCUAUAGCAUGGAGGGGACCAAAUUGUCAGCUCUGCCUAUCCUGCCUGCCAAACCUACUGCCCUGAUGUGUCAAUCCAGCCAGCCCCAGCAGGCCGCUUCCUUGAAGGUGGCACUGAAGCCUCCAGCUUCACGGAGAUGACCCAGACUGUGGCGGUUGGGACAGCAAAGUGUGGCUGGCUCCAACGUUCUUCUAGAAUGAUUGAGCAUUUCUGCUUCUUGCUUAAUGGUACACGACUCGCUUAACAGAGUCUUCCUUCAAGGUCUUGAGUGUUUACAUGAAAUGCUUGACUCAGCUGUGCCUUAACACAGAUGCUGUGGCUGCACAAUACAGCAGGGCUGGCCAGCAAUGGCUGCUUGGAGGCCAGGGGGGCUCACACCAGCAGAUGUAGGGAAAUGUUCUUAGAUUUUUACUAGUGAAAGGGCAAGGCCUUACUAAAAGUACAAAUGAGGGACACUCCUCUCACCCUGCAGGCAUGGGAGGGCGGGGGGAGCAGCUCAGGGGACCGUUCCUAUUUCCAUGCCAUGCAUGAUCUGUAGCAAUGAGCCCAGCAGAUCACUGUGUCAUGGCACUGCCACGACCACCCAUCCUAGCAUGGACUGUGUCAGCUAGAUCGAGGGGACUAACCCCAGCAUUGCAAGCUGGCAGCUGUAAUCUCUGCCCACUGCAUCCCCCCAUGCUGCUGCCUGGAAUGAUGAUGUUGCUUUCAGGUGCUGACCAUAGCAAACAUGCCCCACCCCUGUGGGUGAUCCAAUUCGGCAGUCAGGCCGAGGUUGUGGAAGGCCAUUCCAGCAAUGGCCUCUUAGGUAACAGCUGGAACCUUAGCAUGUUCAGAGACUGUUUUUGCCCUGCCCCUAGUGCCUGAACCCAGCCAAAUGGUUUUGCUGAUAGUGACACAUCUGGGAGCCUGGGCUGGCUCCCCAGUCCUCCAUAGGGCCUCUCCUUAUAGGCAAAACAACUGUGCCAAGCUGCCAGCCCAAUUCCAUCAAGUGUCAGCUCCUACUAUGCGCAGCACAGACCCUGGUAUGGCACUUUCCAGCCCAGUCCUUCCAAAGCAUGUCAGGAUGAACUGGGACUCCUGUCUUGAGCUAGUGUUUGGGAUGUCCCGGAGUUUGGGCAAGCAGUAGCCACUCUCUCCCCAGCACAGAUUUCCAAAGCUACCAGCUGUUCAGUAUGUAGACAUGACCAGCUACUGCCAAUGCUGUACGGUGCCUGGCAGGUAGCAGCCAAGACCCCAGAAUCUCCUGCAGUAACUUGAUGCCACAGUAGUACAUGCUGCACUGAGCAAACAGCCCUAGCCACCCAGCGCACAUCACAGGCAGCUGGUGUUGGGUUAUUCUGUUGGCAGCCAAUGUAUUUUAUCAUUUAAAUUAUUGUCUGAGUUAUGGUCUGUCUGAAAGGCAAGUCAUAGAUGGGGUUUUUUUUAAUCAUGAUAAUUUAUAACCUUUAAUGGGACCUUUUCACUCAGCGUGGUGUUAAAUCUGA